CAUGCCUGGCGGGGGAAUUCUGGGAGUUGAAGUCCAUACAACCUUAAAGUAAGAAAUGCUAGCUAAUAGGAUCCGGUGGCUGCGUCCAAACGAUAAUCCUUCCAAGAGAAGAAGCUGCCUUCAACAGUGCCUGUCAUUCUGAUUAACUUCAUCUGAUUUACUGAAAAACCGAAUUAAUACUUUUACGCGGUCAAAUUUGAGAUCCGGAAGAAGGUGUCUGCCCGCAAGAACUACGGGAGCUGCCCGGGAUCUUUGGAAACAUGGCGGCCGCCGUAGUUGUCGCGGCCCAGAGAGUCUGCAAUGCCGGCGUCCUCAGGACCGCGUGCAGAGGUUAUGCUUUGAUUUCAAACCAUGGAAUCAGCUGCCAGUAUGCUGCCUUGGCAUGUUCAUUUCAGACACACUGCAACAUUUCUGCAUCAUAUAAUGUGACAGUGCAGCAGAGAAGGCAGAGAAGCUUUUUCAAUAAAUUGACAGCCAACGAACUCUGGAAAGGAGUUGCAGCAGAGAAUACUGCAGGUGGAAGGAAAGGGAGAGGCAAGCGAGGCAAGCGGAAAAAAACGAGGGAUCUCAAUAGAGGCCAGGUCCUUGGCGAAGGAAAAAUUGGUUUCCUUUGGCCUGGUCUCAAUGCUCCAUUGAUGGUAUCUGGAAAAGUUCAAAGCAUUACUCAGAGAAAUGAAGAAGAGCAGAAGGCUUUGCAGUUAGCAAAAGCUGAGGAACAAAAGCAAUUUGACAAAAGAAAGAGAGUACGGAUUAAGAAGGAAAGAGGUUGGACUGGACGAUCCUGGGGAGGUGUCAGUUUAGGACCUCCUGAUCCUGGUCCCAAUGGAGAAACAUUUGAAGAUUUUGAUAGCAGAGUACUUGAGGUAAGAUCUGUAUUUAACAUGACUUCAAAUGAAGGCCGAAAAAGAUCCAUGAGGGCGCUUGUGGCCGUUGGCAAUGGAAAAGGAUCUGCUGGUUUUGCUCUAGGAAAGGCAUCUAACAUGAAGAAUGCACUAAGAAAAGCAAAGAACAAGGCUAUUCGCCAUUUACAUUAUGUUGAAAGAUAUGAAGAUCAUACAAUUUACCAUGAUAUUGCAGCCACUUUUAAGAAAACAACCAUUCGGAUGAGGAAGCAAAACAAAGGGUAUGGACUUCGUUGUCACCGUGCUAUCAUCACAAUCUGCAAACUGAUUGGGGUUAAAGAUAUGUAUGCCAGGGUUUAUGGAUCGAAGAAUAUACUGAAUCUCACUACAUGCCUUUUUAAGGGAUUAGCUAAUCAGGAAACUCAUCAAAAGCUAGCAGACAAGAAGAAGCUCUGUGUGAUAGAAUUCCGUGAUGAAUGUGGCCCACUGCCCAUUGUUGUUGCAAAGCCUAAUGGACCAGUCAGAGAAGAUCCUGAACCAGAAGAAGCAGCUCUUGAUGUCAAACUGGAAUGGAAAGAAGUGAAGGCAGCACAAGGAAUAAGGAGUAGAUGGGCUGAUGUCAAAAGAGCAGUUUGGUAGAUUUGGGCAAUAUUUAGGUAUAAAAAUUAAAGAAGAUCCAGCAUAAUCGCAUAAUAAGGCAGUCUGUUUCCACAUGAAGUGAAAAAAAAUUCUUCAGUUGAUAUCUAUUUAAAAUGCAAUCAUCUUGUGGCAUGUAAGCUGUAAAGGAAAAGGGUAAUUUACAAAAUCUCUUGGCAGGAAAAUGAAUCUUUUCCCAAAUAACUGGAGAAGAUAACAGUAUGGAAAAAUAAAGUUGUAAUUGAUUUUCAUUUAGCUUUAUUUAUCUCUAUAUAUUGAAGUAGGAAACUUGGGCUUUUAAUGAAAGGCAACUUGAUGCACUUGGCUUUUAAUACUACUUGGACAAUGCUGAACCAAAAGGAACAGUUGGAAGAAGUCCCAGUGAUAUUAACAACAUUUGGCUAACUCCUCCUAGCCUAACAUCAUUAUGUUAGAGGAGGUAUAAGCUCCAGGUCCAAUUUCAGGGCUGUGAAAAAUAUAAUUGAAACCCUAAAGAGCUGUUUUAAACUUUUGUAGGAAGUUUUGAGAUAAUAGAAGAAAUCAUUUGUUAUGGUAUAAGACUUCAGCGAUAUCAGCAUGCAUCAUCCACCACUCUAAAUAUAUCUAAAAACAUGGCAUCUUUUUUGGUGAUGGACUAAAAAGUUAAGCCUAGGUUGAUAGUAAGAUAGUCUUUCCUGAGAAUCCAGAUAAUGAAAAUGCCGUCACUGAAUAUCAAACAAAGGACGGAUUUAAGAGGGUAAAAGGUAAGAAAGCUGCUACGUCAAUAUGAUGAUUUCUAGUAUAUGUUGUUGCCAAAGAUAAUGUAGUUAUGGGUUCAGUGCAAAAUCAAAAGAACUGAUGGAAAGAUAUGCUAUAUGGACAGCCCUGAUUAUAUUUCUAAUGGCUUAAAAGAGAAGUUGCUGUACA